UGGCCUCGUGGUUUACUUUAUUCAAAAGAACAACUCACUCAGGUGUAUACACUUACUCAACAUGGUGAUGUUCAGUAAGUACCUUCAACCCAUCCGGUCUCAGUAGCUGGUCAAACGCGUUUCCUCUACUUGUACGUAUAUAAAUGUAACGCAGAUUACAAUCCAACAAUCUAUCCUACAGGCAAGGACAGUCGAUUGGGUUCUUGAGAUUUCGCUUCAUUUUUCAAUACCAAUUCAGGGCGACCGCUACGAUCUCUGCAGAUUCAAACAACUGAGUCAGAGGAUUUGCAAUGAGAGACCUCAAUCUCGUCAUUCUUCUCUCGUUGCUUCUCGUUAAUAGCGUAAACGCACGUAAUGGACCAGCUCCGUCUCCCGUACCGUCACCCACACCGUCACCUAGUGAAAGCAGCCAACCCCUGGAUUUUAAAUACAUUCAACUUUGGGCAGAUGCGGAUGGCGAAACACAUAUCGCGCAGUGUAGAAUGAGUGGAUUUCGCGAGGACGCUUACAGCUCUUUGCCUCAGUUUGUAAGAGAUGACUUUGGUGGGAACACGACGAAGCUCAUCUUCACAGAGCUUUCUGUCGGUCUAACGCAGCCUCUGCAUUCUCCACCAGCCGUGCAAUUUGUCGUUACUCUUUCAGGUUCCUGGUAUAUCGAGACGACAGACGGUGGCUACCAUGCAUUCCAGGCCGGAGAGGUGCUCUUCCAAGAUAACACCGCUAAGUCUCCGGCUGCGAAGAUUCCUGAACACUACUCAGGAACUGUAGGUGAUGUGCCAUGCCAACAGAUGGUUAUACAACUCAACCGAACACCAAACGUCGAUUCUGUUUGUCCAUUCUAGAAAUUGUCACGUGGGAUUGACUCUUUACCAUCGUUUUGUACAUCGAAUUUGAGUACUUCUCGUUGCCGCUAUAGUGGCUCAAAAAUUAUUGCCGGAUAGCAUUUAGACUGUGCCGAAGUGUACAUACUGAGCAAUAAAUUUUCUCAAUACGGAUCGGCUGUGUUGCCAAGUACUUGCAAUUGUGGAUUAA